AUGGCUAAUCCAUUCAACACCAUUCCAGCUUCCUUUGGCGCUGGCAGAAGCGGGUCUGCCAGCACACACGCCAGCAUGGACGGGCACACUUCUACUGCUUCCGCCGCUGGCGCAUCGUCGUCUGCAGCAGCAGCAGCCACCACUGCUACAUCGAUACAGACGCCAGAUACCCGUCGACAUGGGCUCGGACUGAUCAACGGAGAGUCAUAUGCUUCGUCUCCGUCGCAGUCGUCUUCCCCAUCUUACCACCAAUAUCAAUCUACCCGCCAAGCUGCAGGUCAGCAAUACCAACAGCAACAACAGCAGCCGCAACAUCACCACUAUCACCAUCAUGCUGCGACUCACUCCAUUGGCAGCUCAUCAGGCUUCCGUCAGGACUCGACUGAUAGCGCUCUCACACCGACCUUUUCGACGAGCAACAUCAUGCACAGCAGCCCCAAUCUCACAAAUGACCCGUUAGAUCCUGCGUCUCAGCCCAAUCACGCCACGAAUGCCGUUGCGGCCAACGCUUCUAGUCAGAUCUUGAUUGCUAGUAUCGUGCAGAGGCUCGUCAACAAGCUACCAUGCAACUCCGGCUGGAGGCUCCAACUUGUCGAGGAGGACCACCUCGUCCGUUCUUGCGUCGUCAAUCUGAUCAACCUCAGUUGCUUUCAGCUCGGCGUUGUCGUCAGAGAACUGCUCGGAGCAAUCGAGCUUCUCGUUAAGCAGGCCUCUCAACAGCAUCUUGAACAACAGGCUAGCAUCGGCAUGCUUCAUUCGCAGCUCUUCAUCCUCAAAAUCCUCGUUUCAUGUCUGAACCACCAAUGGCGCAUCGCAUCUGGACAUGCCAGAAGCCCACGCCCUGGACUUGACCCUCUUCCUUUCACUUCAAACUCGAGCAACACGAACCAAGAUGAAUUUCCUACUUCCUCAUCGACAUCAGCGACCGGCUGGACGGACCCACCCGCCAUGGAUGACACCCAGGCCAAGCACGUUCUCAGCGUCAUGACGCUGCUCAUCAAGCAGAAUGUAGCGAGGGAAGACUUCAACUUUUCUUCCAUACAUGAAGGUGUCGAGGCACGCUCAUCCUCCAAGAAUGAUUCCUCGGCCGCCCAAGGUCUAUCCGGACGAACAGCAGCCGCCUCAGAACGAUCAUUGCGAGACCUGAGCCUGCGCGAGACCGCCGCCAACUUAUCCGGCUCAAGGACUUUAGGUCAUUCUAGCUCGAAGCUUGGGCGUGAAGAAGCCGAUUCGCGUGAAGACACAGGCGUUCCAGGUGUCAGUGACAAGUUCCCUGAGACCUUCAUGCCGAGCUCCCUCUGCCUUGCUGCUUCCACCAGUCUCUUCAUCCUCUACCCCUGCUUUCCUCCAACACGAUCGCCCUUCGACACUCCGCCGACCAUUGACCACGUCGACUUGGCCAAGGCAGCGUCGGCCUCGCCGAACACUGGCUUCGCUUCAGCAAAGCCAGACGCAAAGGAGAUCAAACCAGACUUGACAGGUGUCAGCUCGUCAGCUAGAUUCAAUUCCUCAUCUUGGACCACCACUGCUUUCAGUCAAGAUGUAGAGGGCUUCGACGUUCCAAACCACCUCCAGACCCGCAUCUAUCGUCUCGCCAGCCAAGUCGUCUUCUACCUCAGCUCGAGCAAUUGGGUCGUCGUCAGUGCUCGUCUCCGCAACCGUCUCUACUAUCUCAGCUCGACCAUCGAAGAAGCUCCCAGCACUGCUGAGUUGCGUCUGCUCGAAUGCUCCAACUUUCAGCGUGCCCGCCUUGCAGGUAUGCUCCAAGAAGUCAGCACAUCCUUCCCGCAGCUCAAGCGCACUGCGCAGUACGCGAUCGCUUUGGUGCUCCGUCGCGCUAUCUGGUCAUGGGUACAGUAUCAUCCGUCCGAAUUCGCAAACCUUGCGACAUCCAAUCGACGUUUUGAAGGCAGCCCAGACGUAGUCUUCGACCAAGUCUACUCGCUUGCUGAUACCACUAAGCGCAAGAUUGCCUUCUGGCCCAUGCUCACCUCGCUCCUCAUCUUGUGCCCAGACUUGGUCGGCAAGGCUGCUGUAGGAGAGAACCGCAAGGCCAGCGGCAGUCUCGCUAAGAAGCUCUCCUUCAUCGACGGUCUCCGCAAGCUACCUCGCAACAAUGCGCUCAUCGAUGCUGCAACAUUGUGCUGCGUCGACCUCUUCAAGGCUGCAGCAUCCGUGCCACGGUCCGAGAAUGGUCUGAGACUCAUCGUUCACGACCUCGAAGCCGAGCUCAAAGAGCGUCUCUUCGACCCCACGCGCCCACAACGUCCACUCGCAGGUAGCAACAGGCCCAUCGAGUUGAUGCUGAUGAUCGACUUCUUUGCCUCGUUGUUCCGACUGGACCCGCAACGCACCAUUCGCGAGCUGGUGCCCAUCUGCAUGUCGGACUCAAGCCCGAUUCACUUCAAGAUCGCCCUCGUCAAAGCAUGCGUGCUGCUGGCCAGCGAGAGGCAUCGACUUCCGUGGGCGCCGGAUGUCAGUCUGCUGUAUCCUCACAUCUCGCGUCCGCUUCGUGCCUUCUUCCGGGAGACGACCUAUCGUCUACCUCGCUUUGUCAAUCGUGAAAUGGCUCGCAAGCGUGCGGCUUCACAUGCAGCUUCCUCCAGUCAAUUUCGCAACGUCUCGCUUUCGGGCUCCGCAGCAGCUGCUGCUGCCAGUAUCGACGAGCUUGGCCGCUUGGACUUGCUCCAGUCCAUCAUUCAGCUUUACACGCUUGACGUUGCUGCGCUUGCGCAUGGCGUCGACUUAGACCGACCUAAGGACUUCGCAUCCAUCUCGGGAGGCGGUACCAUCAUCGAUCGUGAGAAAGUCCUGCGCAACUCAGUAUCUACCGACAGCUUGCUCGCUUUCACCACAUCCCUCUGCUCGCUCUUUGCCACGCCUCCGGAGUUUGCGUCCUUCCGCGAGAUCUGCGCCGCAUUGCUUGCUCGCAUCUACCACUCGGGCUUGCUGGAUCCAAAGCUGGCCGAGUUCUGCGAGCAUCAGCGUCAUGUGGGACUCUCGUCUUUGCCCUUCUUCUUCACCAUCAUCACCGAGCAGCUCCUGUUGGCCGAGUCGUCCGAGAUGCAGCGUCACUACCUUGAACUCUUGCGACGCUCUCAGCAGCGGCGAGGCUUCUUCAUCAGCCAAGAACGAGAUUGGAGCAGCACAGUCGCAGCGCCUUACUAUCCGCCAGAACAUGCACGCAGGCUUGAGUACGUCUGGGUUCAGCUCGUGACACUGCUGAUGAUGUGUUCGAGUAACACCGAAGUCUGCUCGCGGGCCAUGCAGGUGGGACACGGACACGCCCAGCUCACGAUAGCCAUUAGCGACUACUACGAUCCGCUCUCGAAUGAGUGGUUGAAGCUCUACACCGACCUGGCCGACCCCAGUUUCUUGCAUACCGGCCGUAUUGCACAACAGAAGCGCAUCCGAGCACUCUUGCGAGACAUUGAAGCACCGUCGGCGGCCAGUUGGCUCGCUUGGAAAGAAGCGUAUUCACGCUGGGCAAAUCUGACGCAACUCGUGGCACGUCCUAUCGCUGAAGACACCUUGACGGCGCAAGAUAAAGCAGCUCAGUGGCAUAACUAUGCAGGCUUCUUGUGUGCCUUCGGCGGCGCAUGCUUCUCGGCCUCUGAUGCCAUCACUUCGGACAUCGAGCCCAGCAUCGCCGAAAUCUUGCCGCAGUUCUCCGACCUCGAUGAAAAGCCUGCUGCUUUGAUUGAACGCUUCGUUCAGGAGAUGGUCGACUUGCUCGUCUCGGACUCGCUCUGGGUCAGAGAGAAAGCCAAAGAGACUCUCGGUGUCGAUCUCGGUCCACGUCUGAUCGGCAUUCUCUUCCGUCAGAUUCAUGCCGUGCUCAGUGACUUUUUCGACAAAGAGACAGGCUAUCCCAAGACAAGUGAUAUGUACACAGUCUUCGUUGAGCAGAGCAUCGGCGUCGCAACGAUGGUGCUUCAGCGUCUAAACGAAACGAAGCCGUCGCCGGCGACGUCCAAGGUUGACAUCGGAUCGUUGAUGGUGCUGUCUGUCGAGUAUGUCAAUUCGCUUGGACGUGACGAGCAGGCGUUGCGCAUCAAAACGGCCAUGUGUCAAUUGUGCGAGGCAAUGAUGCGCAAAAAGGCGGCUUUCUGCUUCUCGAACGAGCUGCGAGUCCGUAAUCGCCUGUUCCAAGCCCUGACAACCUGGACAUCGGAUGGUUCAGAGGAUGGCUUCCAUUCGAACACUGUUGAUGCGCCCGACCGUCUUCACCGUGAUCUCGACGUUGCUUGCCUCAAGUGCAUCUCGAUUUUGCUGGAUAAGCUCCCUUUGCUGCUCGCCGAUGAUGCUUUGCUACUCGAUGACAAAGUGGAAGGUGCCAAGACGAGGCAUUUUGCCGUGUACUUUGGCUACUUCAUCAAGAUCCUCAAUCGCACUCGCCAUUCCGAGACAGCUGCUGCUGCACGUUCCCGAGCUCUCAAUGACGCAAAGUUGCUGGCGGGCGCUAAGAGCAUCAAGGUGGACUCUGGUCGAGACUAUGCUCCUUUGCGAGAGUCGGCCAUUCUGGCGCUUUCAAAUCUUCUGGCUUCCAAUAUCGACAGCGGUCUGCACAACUCGCUGCCAUUAGCCUACCAUGAGGACCCACGCAUCCGCACCGCCUUCAUGCAGAUCACGACCAACGUGCUCAAUCAGGGCACUGCCUUUGACGAGUUGGAGCGCAUCGGUGGAGCUCGCAAGUCGAAUCGUCUGGUCGACUUGGUUUGCCAGGAAGACCUGCAGCUAGCGCUCUCGAUCUGUCAAGUCUGCCCUGGACGUGAUGUGGAGCCGAUGAGCGUGUUACUGCUCAGCAUGUUUGAUGCCAAGGGUGGCCUCAUUCGCUUCCUCAAAGCGGCUGUCGAAGAAGAGAUUCAGCGAACAGCUACAGAAGAGAUGGUCUUCCGCAGCAAUUCCUUCUGUACCACGCUACUCUCGACGUUCGCACGCGCGCACGGCUACGACUACUUGCGCUCGAUCAUGGCUCCGCUUAUCACCGAGUUUGCACGCAAACCUGCUGGUUUCUCGGUCGAGAUGGACCCAUCGAGAGUCGAGCCUGGCGGAAGCGCACUCAAGAACCAGAAUGCGCUCGAGGAGAUCGCCCAAGCUUUCAUCGACGCCAUUUGCUCGUCAGCUCAUCGUGUUCCCGCAGUUCUGCGCGAACUUUGCCGUCACAUUCGCAACGUUCUUGAUGCUCGCUUCCCCGCCUCCCGCUACCAGGGUGUAGGUGGUCUGAUGUUCCUGCGCUUCAUCAGUCCAGCUGUCGUGUCGCCGCACAUGAUCGACAUCAAUCUCACUGGACCUAGCAAGGAUCUUCGCCGAGGCUUGGUGUUGAUCAGUAAGAUCCUCAUCACGCUUGCGAGUAACAACCUCUUCUCGAGUCACAAGGAGCCCUUCAUGACCGGUCUCAAUGACUUCCUUAAGAGCAAUGUCUGGAAGGUAACGGCGUUCCUGGACCAAGUUUCUGACGCACGCACCGAUCCUGACCGCCUCUAUGCGGCAGACCAACCACUCGGUUUUGGCAUCCAUCCCAACGUUUACGGCGUCGACGAUCGUGACCAGAGGAUGCUGCACAGAUUCCUCUUCGAGAAUGUCGAAAAGCUCGGUAAGAGUCUGGCAGACCGUACUUCGAAAACAUCAGGUGCUGCUGACAGGGGUUUCAUCUACGGCGACGAGUCGAACAAUCGACAGGCAGGAGCCGCAAAGUAUGUCUAUGAUGACUUGUGUGAUGCUCUUGCCGCUGCAGGAGAGCCUAAGGGCGACGAUCUGCCUGAGCCAAUCUUUGGCGCUGGCAACUUCCAGGACUUCCUUCGUCGUCAUGCUGGACGCAACAUUGACGAGGAGAGCUACAGGUCGAUCUUCUACGAAGGUCCUACUUCUCGCCGCGGUCGACCGGUCCUAUACUACGCCAUGCACAACCAGAAGGCCGACACGAUCGACUUUGAAGGUCUCAUCCUCUACAUCUUGCAGACACUUGAGAGCUUCGCGUACCGUCAGUUUGAUGUUGUUUUCGACAUCACUGCAUGUCAGCCGUCCAGUGUCACGCCGAGCCAGUGGCUGCUGUACUUCAGCUCGCUGAUUCCGGCAUCGAUCCUGGCCAACGUGGUCAACGUCUUCUUCCUCAACCCGAAUACUACGGCUAGAGUGGAGCUGCAGUUCUGGAACAACACAACUUACGGCGACUCGACACUGAAGCAUGAGAUUGCUGACAAGAUGAUCUCUUUGCAGAAUGUCGUCAGCUGUUCGACACUCCCGGAGAUCGAGAUGUGGAUCGAGCCGCGCAAUCUCGCAUUGGACCAGACGACCAUGUCUAUCUUGGGCUCGUCAGCCGAGGUGCGCUUUGAUCAGAUCACUAUGGUCUGGUACUACCGCACUUUGACGCCAGUCACGUUCAGCAUCGGUGGCGAGUAUCUGCAGAUUACGGGUCUCAAGCAGCAGGAAUGGUUGCCCAACGUUCCUGUCCAGCUCAACGACAUCUUUCACCUCUCAGACAUUGAUGACGUACGCUCCAUCUCGAUCCGCGGCGACGACAACACUUUCUUUCUCUCGUGCCGCAACGGGUCGAUCAACUUUGUCUUCAACAGCCGCGAGCGGUCCGAUGUCGUACAGGCACUAAGGCAGGCAAAAGCUCGCGUGUCCAAGUUCCGGGCCAACGCCGUCGACCGCGUCCUUCGUCCCAACGACGUGCCUGGCACGUUGCUGAACAUGGCCAUGCUCAACAUCACCAGCAACGACUCGUCGUUGAGGCUGAGUGCUUAUAAUCUGCUGUGCGCGCUGAGCACCUCAUUCAAUUUUGGUGCAAGCAGCGCCCAGAAGCGACUGCUCAGCUCGCGUGGACUUGCGCUGCCUGCAAAUACGAUGGCCUUCGUCACGGAUCUUAGCAAAGACUUUGCAGUAGCUGCGCCCGGCGUCACCCUCGAGUUCUUGCUCUCCUUCUUUGACGGCUUCGAGCGCGCAGCACCGAGUCAGAAGACGGUAUGUUUGCACUACCUGUCUCCAUGGCUUUCGAAUCUGGUCAUGUUCGUACACACUUCGAGGGAGCAGCAGGGCGAGUAUCACCGUCGAAUCAAGGAGAUCCUGAAUCAACUCAUCAGCAUCACCACCAAGCAGCCGGACAUGUAUGCCAUCAUGCAGCGCUGCGUUUGGUCGCAGUUGAGCCGACUUGAUGACUUGAUACCGACGUUCUUGGAUGUAUUUGCGGAGGCAGCAAUGGAUUCGGGUCUGCACACGGAGCGGUUUGAGGCGGUGCUAGAUACGAUGGUGUCGUUUGCAUCGAUCAAUUUGCGAGGUAAGCUGUUGUCGAGGCUGCGCAAGGUGAUUGCAAAGACGGCUCAGAAUCCGGUCGUAUCUCAGUUGCAUCUGAAUGCUUCCUGGAAGGAGAUCGCGACGUUGGUGCGAAUGAACAUGGUGCUGUCAUUCACCAAUCGGGUGGAAGCGCUAUUGUACCUUCCCGAGCUGUUGCAUGUCAUCUUGCUACUUGCCGGCAACGGCGUCGAUGCAACGCGUCAUGCGAUGUACGGCAGUGCUAUCAACCUCGUCCACUCGCUUUGCACGGAGGAUCCUCGAGAGGCAAGGAAGCCAGAGGAGGCGACGCCACGUAGCGCCGAUGAAGUGGCCAAGCUGCGAGUGUUGCUGGAGCAGCUCGCUGAGCCCGAGUCGCUCAAGCUGUUUGGUCUGCCUGUAGCAACACAAGGCAGCAUUGCCAAUGCUGCUUUUGCGACGUCGCAGGAUAUCGUGCGGGAUACGCCCGAUAAUGCCCUCAUUGAACGACUGGCGACGCUGAUGUACGAGGUGGCGGACGUCGCAGCACCCAACGUCGAUGCGGCCAACAGCUGGCGUGCGCGAUUGGCGAGUCUGGUGACCAGCACUGCUUUCCAGUACAACCCAAUCAUUCAGUCGCGUGCAUUCGUCCUGCUCGGUUGUCUGGCGCAGGGCGAGAUCGACGACGAUCUCCUGUACCAGAUCCUUGUAUCGUUGCGAGGUUCGAUCUCAGAAUGGGCAAGCAGCAGCUCAGACAUGCCCAUGAUCAGCAUCGUCACAUGUCUCAGCAAGGUGGUCAAGAUUCUGCCGACUCGAUCUCGAUACCUGCCUCAGAUGUUCUGGCUAGGGAUAGCGAUGGUGCAAUGCGGACACGUCCCACUGUUCAAGGCGGGUGUAGAGUUGAUGCAUUCAACAGUGCAGACUAUUUGGGAGCGAGACAUUGCAGCGAGCGAAGGGAGUGAUUUGAUCACAUACCUGAUCGAUGCUCGAUUUGAGUUCCGCGAGCUAGCGUGCAAGUUGGAUGACGAGACGGGAGUAGACUUCGAUAUCAACUUCUCUUUCGGUAUGGCCGCACUCCUGGUGAAAGGUCUGCGUCAUCCUUCGACAAAGGAAGUGACGAUCAAGCUGAUGCAAGCUAUGCUACACCACUGUGGCGUGGAUGCGCAGGGCGAGCGACGAUCACGGGAUGGUCGCAUCUCGGAGAAGCAGCUCGGGUUCUUUGUUGGUCUGCUCCCCACCGCCACACGACCAGAAGCGUUUGGCCAUCUGCUAUCAUUAGCAGGCGUAGAGCCAAGCUUGUGCGAAGGAGCCGUGAAAUCACGCCGGUCUGGGUACAAGGGUCUGCAAGAGUAUCUCGAUGAACUCAACAACCGCAUUGCCCUCCUUCUCGUCACAUUGGUCACCUCUUUGCUACAACAUGCCGAAUCCGACGCCGAGCGACUCAUGCUGUACGGAUUCCUCAACGAAGCAGCCCGAGAAGUACCCGCUAUCGUCAGCAUCCUCUACGACAGCCUUGCACCCAGCAUGAAGGAUAUAUUCCUCAACUGCUCCAACGGGGCCAUCCUCGACGCUGUACAUGGGAUCGCUCAAACAGCCGUCAGCCAACCGUUGUUUGCAGCUCAAGCUCGUGAGACAGCUAAAAGAGGCGGACCGACAGCGUACUUGGCCGAGUCAGGGUACGGAAGUUUGUUGGGUUGUGGUGCUUUCGUGCCACUGAUGGAAGGAAGGAGACAUGUGCUUUGCAAGUUGAGCAUUCAGUUGGUACUUGGCUUGACGGAUGUUGGGACUACCUAG